AUGCGCUUGCACGAGGGGCGCGAAGCCGUGGUGGGGGGGAUGUUGCACCGGCUGGCUGCGGCGGUCGGCAGUCAGGCGGUGGCCAGGACGGUCGCGGUGCUCAGGCGAUGUGGUGGUGGCCUAGGAGGUGGCAAGACGGCAGGGCCAGGCGUGAGGGCUCUCGGCACGACCUGGAAUAAACUAGUGAACACAAGGGUGCUGGGCCUGUGGGUGAUGGUGGCAAAAGAGGAGGCCAACGGGAUGACUCUGACUGGUGGAGACGGAUGCAGAAGUGGCUUUGCUAUGGGAUUUUUCUAUUUCUACUUUCGAGAUCCUGGAAAAGAAAUUAGCUGGAAACACUUUGUGCAGUAUUACUUGGCCCGAGGUUUGGUAGACCGUCUGGAAGUUGUGAACAAGCAAUAUGUGCGAGUAAUUCCUUCCCAAGGGACAUCAGCAGAGAAACUCGUCUGGUUCAGUAUUGGUAGCGUUGACACCUUUGAGCGAAAUCUUGAAUCUGCACAGUGGGAACUGGGCAUCGAGUCUGCCAACCAGGUGGCUGUUGUCUACACAACUGAGAGUGACGGCUCUUUCCUGCGAAGCCUGGUACCCACCCUGAUCCUCGCUGGGAUCCUUCUGUAUGCUCUGCGGAGGGGGCCAAUGAGAGCUGGGCGCGGAGGGCGCGGAGGGGGCAUCUUCAGUACGGGAGAGACGACAGCAAGGGUUUUGAAGAACAGUGUGAAUGUGUGCUUUGCUGAUGUAGCUGGCUGUGAAGAGGCAAAGUUGGAGAUUAUGGAGUUUGUGAAUUUUCUGAAGAACCCCAAGCAGUAUCAAGACUUAGGAGCUAAAAUUCCAAAGGGAGCUAUGCUCACAGGCCCCCCUGGCACUGGGAAGACCCUCUUGGCCAAGGCAACCGCAGGGGAAGCCAGUGUGCCCUUCAUCACCAUUGAUGAGAUCGACGCCAUCGGCAGGAAGCGUGGUCGAGGGCACUUUGGGGGUCACAGUGAGCAGGAAAACACACUGAACCAGAUGCUCGUGGAGAUGGAUGGGUUCAACUCUACCACCAAUGUCAUCGUCUUGGCGGGCACCAACAGGCCUGACAUCCUUGACCCAGCCCUCAUGCGUCCAGGUCGCUUUGACCGGCAAAUUUACAUUGGACCUCCAGACAUCAAGGGCAGAUCUUCCAUCUUCAAGGUCCAUUUGCGUCCACUGAAAUUGGAUGAAAGCCUCAGUAAGGACACUCUGGCAAGGAAGCUGGCUGCGCUCACUCCGGGGUUCACAGGUGCUGACAUCUCCAAUGUUUGCAACGAGGCAGCCCUGAUUGCUGCCCGCCACCUCAGCUCCUCAGUGCAGAACAGACACUUUGAGCAGGCCAUCGAGAGAGUCAUCGGAGGCCUAGAGAAGACAACUCAGAUCCUGCAGCCCAGUGAGAAGAUAACGGUGGCCUACCAUGAGGCUGGGCAUGCUGUGGUGGGCUGGUUCCUGGAGCACACAGACCCUCUGCUCAAGGUGUCCAUCAUCCCCCGGGGGAAAGGCCUUGGCUAUGCCCAGUACCUGCCCCGGGAGCAGUACCUGUACACACGGGAGCAGCUCUUCGACCGCAUGUGCAUGAUGCUGGGGGGCAGGGUCGCCGAACAGCUAUUCUUUGGGCGGAUCACCACCGGUGCCCAGGAUGACCUGAGGAAGGUCACACAGAGUGCCUAUGCACAGAUCGUCCAGUUUGGGAUGAGUGAGAAGCUGGGCCACGUGUCGUUUGACCUCCCUCGGGAGGGCGAGGCAUUGGUGGAGAAGCCAUACAGCGAGGCCACAGCCCAGCUCAUCGACGAGGAGGUGCGGCACCUCAUCAGUACUGCCUACGCUCGGACCUUGCAGCUGCUGACUUCCUGCCGGGAGCAAGUGGAGAAGGUGGGACACAGACUCCUGGAGAAGGAAGUCCUGGAGAAUGUGGACAUGGUCGAGCUGCUGGGUCCCCGGCCCUUUGCAGAGAAGUCCACCUAUGAGGAGUUUGUGGAGGGCACUGGCAGCCUGGAGGAAGACACUUCGCUCCCCAAGGGGCUGAAGGGCUGGAACCGGGAACGGACAGAGGGGCGGGUGGAGGGCCAGGUGCAGGAGAGUCCCGCGUAG